AUGGAGCCCGGCCGAGCGCAGGGACUCCCGCGCCUCCCACCGCGGCCACCCAAGAGAGUAGGGGUCAGCGCGCCGGGACUGUCCUGGGCCGUUAUGCACGAGCUGGGCCCGACCCCGGCCCAAGAGGACCAGGGCUGUCCCUGUGCCCGGGGCCACUGCGCGCGCCACUCGCGGGCCGGCCGGUCCAGCCCUGCUCCCCGGAGGCGUCCUCAGGAACCCACCAUUAACCGCGUGUGCAAGACCAGUUAA